UUUCUAUACGUAGGGUCUGAGGCAUGGGAUCAGAACUUCUUAACACUGGUUUUGUUGCUGAAGUCAACAUAUUGCAUAACUAAUGCUCUCAUUUCAAACCAUACGUUCUAUAUAAAUAUGUAACUUGCUUAGCAUACCUUGGAGUUGUGUAACAUUCUACACAUCUUAAGUCAGAAGUACUCUUAAUGGGAUUAGAUGCAAUCAUAAUUGAAUUCCUGUGGUGUGAUACUGGAUAUAGGGGUUUAUUCCCCUUAGUUCUGUCUGAGUAUGUUAGUGAAAUAGAAAGCUGGUUUCAGGUGGAAGGAAAAACGCAUAUCUGAUGUUUUCUUUCAGAUGUUCCUAAGCUCCAGCACAUCUCCUGAGAUUCACAGUUAUUUGCAUGCAAAGGAGCAGGGGGAAAAAUCCCGGACAGAACUGUACUUUCUUUUGAGAAGAUCUGGCCUUUAUUUUUCCACUAAAGGUACAUCUGAGGAGCCAAGGCAUCUGCAGUUUUUCUGUGAAUUCAGCCUUAGUGAUACGUACAUGUCUUUGACAGGCAAAAAGAUUUCUGGAGCACCAACAAACCAUGGAUUCUGCUUUAAGCCUAACAAAUCAGGAGGAAACAGAGACCUGAAACAGCUCUGUGCAGAUGAGGAACAAAGCGGGACCUGAUGGAUGACAGCAAUUUGGUUGCUUAAG